GACGGUUCUUUCGGGACUUUAAUUUCGAUUCGACUUUAACAAUGGGCUAUCUCACACAAUUUGCGGUUGAAAACUUUAAAACAUGGCGAGGAAAACAAGUUAUCGGACCAUUCUUGGAGUUUAGCUGCAUUAUUGGGCCCAACGGCUCCGGUAAGUCCAACGUGAUGGACGCCAUCAGCUUCGUCAUAGGCGAGCGGGCGAGCUCUCUGCGAGUGAAGCAACUCAGUGACCUGAUCCAUGGAGCCCACAUCGGGCAGCCGGUGUCAAAAAGAACCAGCGUUUCCAUGUUCUACCAACACGACCAGGAACAGGAGAUUGUCUUCUCUCGGAGUGUCUAUGGCAACACCUCCGAGUAUCUCAUCAACGACGCUCAUGUUUCUUUCAACCGGUACACUGAGGAGCUUGUCAAGAUUGGCAUCAUCACCAAAGCUCAAAACUGCAUGGUUUUCCAGGGAGCAGUGGAAUCCAUCGCUUUGAAGUACUCCAAGGAGUGUACCAACAUUUUUGAGCUGAUCAGCCAGUCCAAGGAGUUAGUGGACGAGUACAACCAGAAAAAGGAGGCCAUGUUGAGGGCCAAGGAGGACACCAAUUUUCAGUUCAAGAAAAAGAAAUUGGCAACUGUCGAGAACAAGCUGAUGUCUAAUGAGAAAUUGGAGGCCCAGAAAUACCAGGACCUGCUGGAAGAUAUUCAAGAAAAGCGUGUACAGCUGAGCCUUACUGAGCUCUAUCAUAAUGAGAAGGCCAUCAAGAGUACCAACGACACUCUGAGCAUCAAGCAUGGGGCAGCUGCCGCUCAGAAUGCUUCUCUCCAGGACUGUGAGCAGAUGGUGAAGACCUUCAAGAAGGAGCAUGGACGCCUCGUCAGGGAGGAGCAACACAUGGAGAAAGAGAUCCGUGCCCAGGAGCACGUCCUUUCCCAGUCUCGCUCUCACUUUGUCAAAACAAAAGUGAACACCUCCCAUCAUUUAAAAAAGAUAGCUGAGCUUCAAGCGUCUGCAAAAAAGAGCCAGAAAGUCUUAGGGCGGACAGAGGAGGAGCUUGCUGAAGCCCAGCAGGAAAAAAGGGAGCUGGAGAAGACCUGGAGGUUCUACGAAGAACAAUUUCGGCAGGAGAGAAUGUCCCUGGGCGGGGAGGUUGAAUUGGAUGAGAGCCAGGUGAAACGCUACAAAGAACUCAAGGAGCUCGUCAGGAAGCAGAAUGCAGUGCUAGGCCAGGAAGUCGAGAAGAUGCAGAGGGUUGUCAAGGCUGACUAUGAUCUGAUGGCAUUUGACCAGCGCAAACGGAAGGAAGUGGAGGCUGGAAUCCAAAACAACAAGACACAUUUGGAUGAUUUAACCGACAGAGCAGAGAAGCUUGAGGAAUACACCAAGACCUGCAAGUCGUCUCUUGAUGAGCUCCGUCAGAACGAGGAGAGCUUGCAUGCAGAGUUGCAGCGUGGCAGAGAGCGCACUGCCCAGGUGAACGAGGAGCUGGGCCAGGUGUUGGAGCAGCUGGGCAACGCCCGCCUGGACAGCCAAGAGAGCAAUCGUCAGCGACGGCGCAAAGAAAUUCUGGAAAAGAUGCGCAGGCUCUUCCCUGACACGGUGUACGGCCGCCUUUGUGACUUGUCCAGCCCCAUUCACAAGAGGUACCAGCUAGCUGUCACCAAAGUGUUUGGGCACUUCUUGAAGGCCAUCGUCGUGUCCACAGAGAAGGUGGCCCAGGCCUGCAUCAAUUUCCUCAAGGAGGAACGGGCUGAACCUGAGACCUUCCUGCCCAUUCACUACUUGGAUGUGAGUCCCCUCAACGAACGCUUGAGGGAGAUACCGGGUGCCAAUAUGGUGGUGGACGUCGUGCUCAUCAAAAUGUCCACAAACGUGCCACAGCUGAAGAAAGUGGUGCAGUUUGUAUGCGGCAACACGCUGGUGUGUGAAACCAUGAAAGAGGCCAGAAGCAUUGCCUUUGGCGGGGACCGCCGCCUUAAGACCGUAUCGCUGGACGGAACCAUGUUUUCAAAGUCCGGUCUCAUUUCUGGAGGCUCCAGUGACCUCCGCAGCAAAGCUCGCUGCUGGGAUGACAAGGACGUCACUAGGCUGAAGAAUGAAAAAGAACAGCUAACUGAUGAGCUACGUCAACUCAUAAGGCUCAAGCGGAAGGAGUCGGACCUGAAUUUGAUCAUUGCGCAGGCUCAGGGUGCACAUACCCGCCUGAAAUAUUCUACAAAUGAUCUGGAUAACCUUAGGAAGAAAAGCAUCACUAAAUGCCUCGAGGAGAUUUCGUGCAUGGAGAGUGAAAUGGCAAACUUGGACUCCCAGAUCCAGAUGCAGGUGAAAAGUGUGGAGGCAAAGGAAACUGCCUUGGAGAACCUCAAAAGCCAAAUUCAGCAGACAGAAGACAUGCUGUUUUCUGACUUCUGUGCUGAGAUCGGUGUGGACAAUAUCCGAGUGUAUGAGCAGGAGCUGCUGAAACAUCAGGAAGAUCACGACAGGAAGCGUUUGGAGUUUGAGAACCAGUGCAAUCACUUGGAUGUCAAGAUGGAGUAUGAACAAGUUCAACUAGAGAAGCACAAGAAGAAGCUCAGUGAAAUUCAGUCUUCCAUCGACCAGGAAGAACGCAACAUGGCCGAAAAGAAAACGGUUAGCGAGAAGCUGCUGGUGGCCGUUCAAGAAAAUGACAACAAACUGCAGGAAAUGAAGAACCAGCUGCUGGAAAAGAAGAGGCUGGAAGCAUCUGCCAAAAAUGAGCUGGAUGAAAAAAUUCUGCAACUCAGAGAGAUGAACAAAGACUUGGCCAAACUUCAGCAGGAGGUGAUGACUGCCGAGAGCGUCCUGGAGCAGAAGCGUUUAGCCCGACACAACUUGCUACUGGCGUGCAAGAUCGAGGGCCUGCCAAUCGAUUUGCUGUCGGGUGACCUGAAUGAAAUCAGCCAAGUGGAGCUGGAAGAAGGGUCUCAAACCUCCAUGCACGUCUUUGAGAGAGAGGCCCACCUCGUGAUCGACUACUCGAUCCUGGAACCCGAGAACAGGGAUGUGCCGGCAGGGGAGAGAGACAACUACAUUGAAAUGCUGAAGCAGUCCCUUCACGCUUUAGAGGAGCAACUAAAAUUCACAGCCACACCCAACUUAAAAGCUGAAGAGAAGCUGAGGGAGGUGCAGGACAAGCUACAAGAUGUGACGGAUGCCUUCAGAGCCAGCACCUUAGUCACACGGAAGUGCCAGCGAGAGUUUGAAGAAGUCAAAGCUAAGCGCUUCCAUCUCUUCAGCCAGUGCUUUGAUCACGUGUCUAGUGUCAUUGAUAGCAUCUACAAGAGAUUAUGCCGCAACUACAGCGCCCAGGUGAAAAGACCGCUUCGCAACGCCGAGGGCAAUUGCCAUCAAAUGAUGACAUAAGAGAUGAAAUUUGCUUCAGGCCAUCCUGUCUGCUGACAAUCCGGAGGAGCCGUAUCUCGGCGGCAUCAACUACAG